AUGGAUGAUAACGGGAAACCAAGCGAGCAGCAGCGCCUUGUUGCGACGCCGAACGAAACCACCACCGAGUCUGUACCCGAGGCGAGCGUGUCGCGCGAAGAGAAGCUCGCGCAGGCGAGGAAGUUUUUACAGGAUACCAAGGUGCAAGACACGACAAGAGAGCGCAAAGUCGAAUUUCUCCAGAGCAAGGGGUUAUCAAGCAGCGACAUUGAUGAGUUGUUAAGCGGGGAGGCCCAAGAUGGGCGGCUAGAGACAGAAACACAGGCCUCGGAUGAGGCGGAGAGGAUAGAACCACCACUCGCAAAGAAAGAAGACCGACCGCCCAUCGUAACAUACCCCGAGUUCCUCACCAAACCGACGCGUCCGCCACCGUUGGUGACUGUCAAUGGGUUCCUCAACACUCUCUACGCUUUCGGUGGUCUGUCCACCGUCGUCUACGGCGCGAGCAAGUUCAUCGUCGAACCGAUGGUCAACACCCUUACCGAGGCCCGCAUCUCUCUCCACAACAAAGCCAACGACGACGUCGCCAAGCUCGUCUCCAAACUCGAGACCGUCGUCUCCGAGAUCCCGCCACCCAAGCCCAAAGACCUCAAGACGCUCCCUGCACAUGCCACCGGCGAUGACGACACAGCUAGCAGCUGCGACGACCCGACCGAACUCUUCCACCGUGAUAUCGGCGUGCAAACCUCUCCCCAACUCCAGUCUCAACCAACACCGGCCUCGAAUCCGGAAACUAACAAAGAAACCAACCCGACUGCCUACCAAACCGCCCGCCUCAUUCGGCUCACGGCGACACUCAAGAACUUCAACGAGACGCUGACCGACCAGACUGAGACGCUGGGCGACGUACACACGGUGAUGGAUGUGCUACAGCAGGAUGUGGAGAAGCUCAGUGCGGCGGCGGCGGCGACCGAUUUUUCGGGCGGAUAUUCGCUCUACGGCGCGGCAAGCCGCAAUGAGCCGGAAGAUGAAAUUCGCAAGGCGAAGGAGAAUAUCAGGCGGGUGAAGGGCGUGUUGUUGAGCACGAGGAGUUUCCCGACUAGUACAGUGAGACAAGGAGGAUGA